AAACUGUGCUUGUGAAAAUUUGUUGAAAGUGUAAAAAUACAUAAAAGUUUUGAAACUACUGCUGCAUUUUUUGAAAAAAAUAGCUAAUUAAUAAAUAUGCCACGUGAUUAUGAUCGGGAUUACAAUGACGAUACCAGUGAUUACAAAAGGAAAAGACGUACAGACGAUGAAGCCGGUGGCGGCAGUAACGCGGGCGGUGGAAGUAGUGGUGAUAUGGAUGGACAUGGACGCGGCCAAGACCACAGCCAAACUAUGCAAUCUCAUGAUGCACCGCCAUUAAAUGAAAAAACAAAUUCUUAUCUGGAACAAUGCGAGCAGGAGAAGAAGUCUUUGAGCAAGGAUAGUACUGUUUGUAAGCGUUUAAUAGACGAUGAAAUUGAGAAAAUUUUAGUCAGUGGUCGCAUACCAAAGUCGGAAAUUUAUGCCAAUGUAUAUAGCGAAAAGCCAAUACGUGUCGCACAAAAAGUAUUAUUCCCCAUUAAGGAAUAUCCGAAAUUUAAUUUUGUUGGUAAGAUAUUGGGUCCAAAAGGUAAUACCUUGCGUCAACUGCAGGAGGAAACGUUUUGCAAAAUGGUCGUUAUGGGCCGCAAUUCUAUGCGUGAUCAUGCGAAAGAAGAGGAAUUACGAAAUUCUGGCAAUCCUAAGUAUGCGCAUUUAAGUCGUGACUUGCAUGUGGAAAUAUCAACCGUGGCACCACCAUCUGAAGCAUACCAUCGUAUGGCUUAUGCUUUGUCUGAAAUACGAAAGUUUAUGAUACCCGAUGCUAACGAUGACAUACGCAUGGAGCAAAUGCGUGAAAUGGACGGAAAAGAGCGUAUGUACAAAAAAACCCAUUACUCGAAAUCAUAUGGUGACCAUGCUGUCUAUAGCUGUCGCACCCCGCCACCACCCACUUUCGAAAAAUCGUCUAAACCGAAGGUGUAUUCCAUACUAGAGAAAGCUCGAUACGUAAUGGAAGAUCCUGGCUAUGGACUUGUAAAAUCGCACAGAUCUCGUGAUCACGAAAUGUAUGAACACCAUGGUGAAUAUGAUCGUUAUACGCCGCCGCCACCUACAAAGCAUUCAAGUACACAUCAUGCUCCAUAUGAAAGUGGUUCAUAUGAGCGUGAUUAUCGUCGUGAAUAUCACCCACACUCAUCUUCGUACACUGCUGCAUAUGCAGCCAAACCAAGCAACGGUCGUUCUUCAUCUUCAUACAGACCAGCAACAUCGGGAUCACACUCGUCCUCACAUUAUGAAGCAGGAUCUCGCUCACGGGAGAGCGUACGUUAUCGUUCGGCCCCAUAUCCGAAAUUGCGUUAAGUAAAGUAAAGGUUCUAAAGCGUUUUAGACAACAAAAGAGCAACAAGAAUUCAAUUAUGUACGAAAGCCAACCGUAUUAAAAAUCAACACAACAGCAACAACAACAAUAUGUGUUAUUUUUAUCUUUUAAUUUCCCAAUAUGAAAUAUCCAAAUAAACAAGCAACAAAAAGGGCAUACUUACAUAUA